CUUAUAUUGACUCAUUGAAAAGGGUAUAAAUUUUGCUCAGUUUUCCAAAAAUUCGUUGCCGUGACAGAGGGAGUCAUGGAAGCCGAAAAGCCAACAACGAUGCUGUGCACAGUGCUAGCAAUAGACCACACCGACUUCUCUUACAGAGUGUGCUCCGUCUGCGAGAGGACUCUCCCUGACAAUCCAACUUCUCUUUGCAAAUUCUGCAGCGUCAAUGCCUUCAACCCCCGUUUUUCUCGCUCAAAACGCCUCUUCCGCCUUCUUAUGUCAAUAGCCUCAGAUACAAAGGUGUUUACUGUGAUAUGUUUUGAUAGGGCUGCCAAGGUUCUGUUUGGUUGUUCUGCUGAUGAGUUUUUUGACUUUGCCAAGUUUCACCCGUUUGCUGCUGUUAAUGUGAGUAGAAUUCUGGAGGGAGAGAUGUUUAAAAUGACACUAUCCAAACCAAAGAAUGGGAAUGCACAACAUCUGCGAGCGGUUCAAGUUAUUCCAUUGAGGUCUGGUUUUCAGCCAGCAAUUGUGACGUUGAGGGAAUUGUAUGGAGUAAGAAGCUCUUGACUAGUGUUGUUUUCAUCUACUGCAUGCUAUGGACAUGCAAAUGCUAUUGAUCUGCUUUUUUUAAUUUCUUCACUAUUGAAUUGCACUGGUUUCUCAAAGCACUUAGCUUUUUUAACACUUCAAGUAUACUGCGCGUUAAUGCCCACAUUUCCGUGAUGGUAUUUUGGUUGCCUG